AUGCUGACAGUUCGUAAAACGCAUGAUCCAGGAAGUUGUUCAAAAUCAAACCAUGGUGAACUAAUAUUAGUAAAGGACCGAGAGAACAGGGACAAGGUAUUAGUUUGCACUGAAGAUAACGAAGACUACAGAUGGAAAACAGCAGACAGUAAGUAUUCGAAUAACUUGCCUCCUUUCACAUGAAUAAACAUGCAAAGCAUGUUUUCUAAGCCGCUUGCCUCAACGUAGCCACAUAUAUUUGGUGAAUGGCCUCGAAACAAUAUCAUAUACAAAUACGGUUCGAUGCGGCUUAACGGAAUUUUUGGAUGAAAUCCUGAAGAAACCUAUGGGCAACACCAGCUUUUAAUUUAUGCAUGCAGGGGGUGAUGGGAAGUAAGGUAUCAUCUUGCAGAUUUAUAUGCUGAAAAAAUUUCUGUAAAAACUGCCGAAACAAACGAUGUAUUUCAAUAUUUACAAGUAUAAGCUAUCACUCCGUGUUUACACGGCCGUCAUUUUUAUUUUAUCAGCAUGUAUAAUCGGCAAUAUGAUACCUUACAUCCCAUCUUUCCCUGCGCGCAUAAAUUAAAAGCUGGAAUUGCCUAUUGCACUGUUUGAACACAACAACUUUAUAGUCCAAACAUUGUUUUAUCUUGAGGUAGUUUAUAACAGUAUAAUGCAAUCAAUUUCAAGAUGAAAAUCAUAUCUUUUCCCUGCGAAGUAAAACGACUAAACCUAUAUAACUUAUGAAUUAUAAAUUAUAAAAAUCUGUAAUAUAUCAAGAUUUUGUGAAGACUCAAAAGUUCAUUGCACCACUUUUGGCGAAACACUUGCAAAUGUUAAAAAUAAACAGCAGUUAGGAAAAAGAAAGCAUUACUGAGAUCCACUCGCUUUUGACAUUAGCUAUAGCAUACAAUUAGCCUUUCUCACGCCGCCAUUUUGUGUGGCUUUUUAGCCGAAGUCUGCGAGGUAAAUCCAUAUAACAGUGACUAUUUAUUUAUUUUCUUUAAGGAAUGAUGGUAAGUUUGCUUUCUGAGUGGUUAUAGUAUUCUGAAAAUUGCUUUUCACAUUGUUUUAACUGUCAGCAUUGGUUAACGAGAAUUAGAUGCCACCCAAAAAUGGCAGACACUCGUCAUCAUGAGAAAGGCAAAUUGCUUGCUACCAAUCUUGGACAUGAUUGGUUGAACUACUGCACCUUUCUCUCUGUACAAAAUUUGCAUACCACUAUAUAUACAAAUAAUAAAUUGUAUGGUCAAUCAUUUUGUGCUGCUUAAUCCUCCGCUUUCCUAACUCCACAGUUGAGCGAAGGGGGGGGGGGGUAUUUUCCCCAGGUAUCAAUCUCCAAAAGAGCACAUAUAACUGUAAAUAAUCUUUGCCGAUAUAGAAAAUCACUAGGAAUAUUACAUUUGCAUAUAGAAAAACCCUCACUUCGGUCCUGAUUUGUAUAAUCACAAAUUACCAAAAUUUGUGUGGCUGUUGUUUACAACAUUUAAUUUAGUGAAGGGUGCCACGAACAAGUUUUGUGAAUGUGAUUUAACCUAAUCAGUAAUCGUUGGAACUUCCUCAAGGGCUUUUUCCGAGAUUUUAGCUUCUAAAACAGUACAAUACAAAUUAUGGUUAUCUUUCUCUUAGCGUUGUCCUUUUUUAAUCAUACUCGUGUGUAGUAACCGCCGCGAAUUGAUACCCAUGCAGUCACGAGUUUUCACCCCACGCUUUUGGCGCUUGGCACGCCUCAACGAACCUCACAUCUGAUAAACUGAAAAUGAUAUAUUUUAAAAUGCAUGCAACUGCGUUUUUAAAUGUUUUGUUGUUCAUUAAAAUCGCUUUUCUUUUGUGACGCAAUGUUUCCCUUUAUCGACCGUAACUAAUUCUAUCAAGCUUUACCAAUGUCGUCCUAUAAGUAAAAUCACACAGAAAAUCUACUUGUGAAUGAUAUCCAAGUAAGGUCUAAACUAUAACACCAAAGCCUUGUCUCAUGUGAAUGAUAUUGAAACCAUUUAAGAUUCGAAACCACCUGGGGAAUAUUUUAAUCCUGGCUAUGACUGUUUGGAUAUUCUCAACAAGAACACCAAGGCUAAAGAUGGAUAUUAUUGGAUAAACUUCAAUGAAGGCCAACCGAAAAAGGUAGGGGUAGCCAAUAGACCUUAUGCAUAAUGACGUCACAAGGUUUGAUGCCCGCGAGGAAUGCUGGUCUUAAAAGUCAUCGCCCGGGAAAGUUUCGACAGUGGCCAGUUUGGAUUGUUUAAUUUUCCUAGGCGCCGGACGAUAACUACCAAGACCAGCAUUCCUCACCGGCAUCAAGCUUUGUGACGUCAUUAUGCAUAAAGUCUAUUAAAAUGGUUGUAAAAGCAAUUAUUAAAGGAUUUAUAUCGGGUCGCAUGUCGUUUACUGACGUAAUAAUUUCAUAUUACUAUAACCUAUAUGCUCCAUAAGUAACAUACUGUAGUGCACGAAAAAGAAAAGCAUGUCAACGAGGUUUUCUGAGGUUCUUCCAGGAUGCCUGACUAGAAGAUUUUAUCUAGCAACAGUUUUUUUCCAUUCUACUUACAACAUGCUGUGUUGUAUUUAUUGAACGAUUAUUUUGUUUCCAUAUUCGCACAUUAAAUUGUUAAAGAUUUUAAAAAUUGCAAAUGUUGCUGCAUGUGCACAAAUUAACUGUAUACCCCCUUCCUUCAGUACCUUAAAGCGAUUUGUUUGUUCGACUGAUAUCCUGGACUACCGGCGCUACUUUCAUAGUCAACAGAAUGCAUAUUAUAGCUACUGCAACUAAUUCCUAUCAAUCAGCUAGCUAAAAUAUACUCUCUUUGUACCGGAACUGCAUAUUCAAGUAUGUGAAUUUAACUGUAUCUUCAGGUUUAUUGCGACAUGUCAACAGAUGGGGGUGGGUAAAUAUAUAUUGAUUGGUCAUAUGAAUGACACUGUGAUAUGGGACGUUCCUUCAAGUAGUGAAACUGUCGAACCAUUUGGAUAUCCACAGUGGUCUAGUGAGCUUGGAGAUAUCUCUGUGAUUGAUUUCAGAAUACAGGUCGCCUCCAAUGACGAUUUUGAGAACCCAGCAGUUCAUUGGUAAUUAUCUUCCUUCGCGCAUUGCGACCAGCAUUGGGUAGCAAAGUGUAACAAACAACAACAAGGGUACGAUUUACUAUAUCAAAGUGAAAAAACAGAACCAUACUUUAUGAGUAGCAAAGAUUUGACUAAAUUCACUUUUUCCAUUGGUUGCCAUUUCCUGUUGUCUCAUUUCAAUGUUCCAUGGUAAUGAUUGUACGUUGUUGAUAAUUCUUCUAUUUUUCGAGAUUUUUGAAACGACCCAUUUCGGCCAAAUUCGUUACCCAGAAUAUAACUGUGGUACACAAACGUCGCGGUUGUUCAAUCGCAAAUAAUUAUACAAGAAUGCAACAGGCAACAAGCAAGAAUGUUACUCCUCAAAGAUAUUGGAUUUAGUCGAGCGUAAAUGUCCUGUGAAUAGAUACUCAUAUGCUGAAGAAAAUGGCGUCACCAUUUGUCUUGUUCAAAAAUGCAGUUCUUUUUCCAUGUUCUGUUAUUUUGAUAUAAUUUGUUUGCUUUCAAUCAGUGACGUAGUCAGCCCGACAAUUUAGUCCCGCUAUCAGGAACGAAGCUCGGAUGGGGGAGGGGGUCGUAUGGGGGGCGUGUGACACCCCAAAAAUACGAAUUAUCUGGAUUGGCAGGGCGAUUAAUCUGGAUGGCAGGGCAAUCAAAUAUUUUAAAUGAUGGAAUGGAGUUAUUAAGUAACUUACAGGGCUUUCCGAGGGAAUUGAAUAGAAUUUACAGACCUUAAUUUUACAGAUAUUGGUCCAAAAAUAAGGGUUUUAUUCGUGUUUUAACAGGAAUUUGUACGGGGAAAAGUUUUGGACCCUUAAUUUAACUGGUUUAUGUCGGGAAAUAUUUUUUCUACCCCCCCCCUCCCCCCCCGCCCAACAUAUUUGGGAAAAAUCGUGGCCAGAAAUAAUUUCUUUUCUGCACGGCAUUAUCGGUUUUGGCAGGGCAAUUAUGGUAGACCCCCGCCCCCCCCCCGAAUUAAAAGGGGUUAGUUUCGCCCCUGCCCGCUAUGCAAACUCAAGUUUAUUAUAAUUAUCCAUUUCUUUAGAAAUUGGUUGUUUUCACAGUGAAUGAACGCGAAAAUAUUUGCAUAGCGGGACCAAAUGCAUGGUCGAGCUGGCUACGCUGCUGCUUGCAAUUGUACCGUAGCCCCCAACAAAUCAUUGAAAACAAAUAAAUUUGUCGCUCAAAUUUUUUCCGAUACUAAUUGCAGAAGACGGCAUUUCCGAGUCUCAGUAUUUCAAACUUUCAUAGGAGAAUCGAACAUAUCGUCGAACCUGCCAAAGUUUCUCCCAAAGGUUUUACCUUAAAAACAACGCGAAAAGAUAGGUGCUUCCAAAACCAAUAAAUGCGUGAGAAUAUAUAGUUAUAAAUUGUUAAUUUUGCAUUUCAAUGGGGAUCCAAAGAUCACAUAUUCUUUCAAAAUUUUAGCCACUUAAUAAUUAAUCCAGUAAAUUCGCGAAGUCGUAAAAAUAACAUAAAAACCUCCUUUGUAAAAAGAAAUUACGAUAUUUCUAGAUCUUCAUUUGCUCUUGAUAUUUUGAGAUCGAUGCCAACGAUCUAACGGCAGACAAUUAAGAAGCUAAUUUUCUCGUUUUCGCAAGUGUUCGCGCGCUUCCUGAUUUGCGCAUGCGAACGGACAUGCUCAGCGUACGAGAUUGGAUUUUGUUGAACAACAUGGAAAACUGGCUAAUACAUACUCCCAAUAAAAACUAUUCUUUCUUUUUAGGGCAUAUCGGUUUAAAAACAAGCGACUGCUGAAGAAUUUGAUGAUUGUCGACCAAGGUGGUUGCCCAUAUAACUUUCCAGGUGUAGGAGGUAUUUCUUAUGUUAAAGAUUUGAUGACGGAGGAAAUUGUCUCGAGGGAUUUUUCAUGUUCAAUAUUUGGAGCAUAUUCUCAUCCCAUUGCAAAAAUUGGUUGGGUAAGAUAUUUUAAUCCAGUUUCCGCAAAUGAUGAUAAUGCACAAUCUGUUUUAAAAUUAAUAUAA